CCUCCUUGGUGGCUCCAGAUCUCUCACACUUCACCAACAUGCCGCCCCGGGGACGCAGAACGCGGCCAUCGGCGAUAGCAGCCUCCAACUCUGCUGCUGCCGCCGCCGCUAGUGCUGCUUCGUCUGCGUCACCCGCCUCCUCUUCCUCUGCGCAGACCCUCUACUAUCCCUCGAACGCGUCUGUCCCCUCGGACCUCACACAUUCCGAAGCUCUACUCAAGGUAGCGCGGCAUUCGCGCUGCUCUGCCUUCGAUGGCGACUGUGUAUGCACGGGACUUCGUCCCAGCCCGGACGUUGAUGUAGAGGCGAGAAGCGUCAAGGGUGGUAAGAAUGACGAGGCGAGAGAGAAGGAGUGCGCUUCGCAGUGGAAGAAGUGCGGCGUGUGUGGUCACGGCAUCGCUAUGCAUGGCCGAUUGGAGGACAGCGAAGCGGACGACGAAGAGAGGACAAGGCGAAUCAAGGUGGCCAUUCGGCUCGACGAACUGCUAGAAGAUGGUAAGAAGCUGUUGGACUUUGCCUAUACAGACGAAGAUCAGGCUUCUCUCAAGAAGCAGCUAUUACCACUUGAGCAGGGCGCUGAGGACAACAAGAGGAAGCGCUCCAAGUCUCUAAGCGAAUCGGCGAGAUCUAGCAGUCCUGAUCUACCUUUAGCGAUGGGCAAUGGCACUCACCAGAGAUCAUCCUCGCCUAUCAAGAAGCGUCGGAUAGACGGUCGGGGCGUCAGCUCUGUUGCCUCCUCUCGAGCCUCCUCUCAAGCUGCCGCGAAGGAUCGGAGAAGCCUUCAGCAAAGCAGAGUGUCUACUCCCCAGCACGAAGUACCCUCGAGCAAUGCCCCAUCCCCGGGGGAAACAGACGAACCUACGGGUCAGGGUCAUGGCAAGCAUCCUGUCCAGUCCUCAAAAGGUGUGGCGAAUCAGGACAUAGGACCAGAGGAGGCAGUGGAGAUGGCGAAAGAGAGGGCAGAGGCUGAGGAGAAGGAGCAAAUCGCUGAGCAGGAGAGGAAGGCGGCAGAGCCUGAAGCGGAUAUCAAUUUGGUGACAGCAGGAGUCAGUAUUGACCCUGUCGAAUAUCAGGCAUCGGUCGAGGAGGCGCCGGCUCCGAAGCGUGAGCGACCAGCCGUGGUAGAAGAGCGUAAAGGCUUGAUCGAGUUCAGAGUCGUCUCCAACGCUCACCUUACCGCUACGACGCCUUCAGAGCUUGUGAUCCUUACGGGUCUCAAGAACAUUUUCCAACGGCAACUGCCGAAGAUGCCACGAGAGUACAUUACUCGUCUAGUCCUCGACAAGAACCACGUAUCGAUGGCCAUCGUCAAGCGAGGUCUCCAAGUGGUGGGAGGCAUCACUUAUCGUCCCUUCAAUCGUCGAAAGUUUGCUGAGAUCGUCUUUUGCGCCAUUGAUAGUAGUCAGCAGGUAAAGGGGUAUGGUCAGCAUCUAAUGAACCAUCUCAAAGACCAUGUCAAGGAGUCGGGGGAUGUGAUGCACUUCCUGACAUAUGCCGACAAUUACGCCAUUGGCUAUUUCAAGAAGCAAGGAUUCACAAAAGAGAUCUCAUUGCCUCGUUCAGUCUGGGUGGGAUACAUCAAGGACUACGAGGGAGGAACGCUGAUGCAGUGUAGCAUGAUCCCGCGAGUGAAGUACUUGGAGGUACACGAGCUGCUAGCCCAACAGAAGGAAAUGGUCUUGGCCAAGAUUCGCUCCAUCUCCAAGAGCCACAUUGUCCAUCCGGGCCUGCAGGUCUUCAAGAGACUGGAACAGGAGAAGCAGAUCAAGCGAGAAGGAGGAGAGGAGUCCACAGCAUCGAUGCCUUCUUCUCAGCAACAGCAAGACGAGGGCAGUGAAGACUACCUCGAGUCGAUCAAGGCUCAGUACAAGGUGGACCCAUCGCAGGUGCCUGGGCUGAAAGACUCUGGUUGGACGCCGGAGAUGGACAUCUUGAGCCGCCGUCCCAAGCGAGGUCCUCACCAUGGCUUGAUGCGUAGUAUUCUCGUUGAGCUGAGCAACCACCAGAGCUCCUGGCCAUUUAUGCUGCCAGUCAAUGGAGACGAGGUGCCCGACUACUACUCUGUGAUCACAUCCCCCAUGGACCUCUCCACCAUGGAGACGAAGCUGGAGAACAACCAGUACAAGACUGUCGAUGAGCUCUGCGCGGACGCUCAGCUGGUUUUUGACAAUUGUCGGGCUUACAACCCCCGCAACUCUCCCUAUGCAAAGUGCGCGGACAAGAUGGACAAGUUCUUGAAGGAGAAUCUGCCCAUGUGGAAGCAGUCUGCAGGGAUUCUGUGAAGAAGGAGAUGAAGGAGAGCUGAAUUUUUAAUCUCUGAUGUGUUGCCUUUCGAUGUCGCAUGUACAGUAGUCUCGUAUCCCCCGUCGUUCAGGUCUCUUGUACAAUCAUACCCCACGUGCAUGUG